GAAUGCAGACAGAAGUUCAGCAACAGAGUGGGGGCUGUCCAGUUUAUUGCACUGAGUGCUCAGGGGAGGUGGUGAUGGUGGAGCGGAGGUGAGCUGAAGCAGGGAGCGGUUCCUCUACCCCCGUUACUUCCUGCGUCCCCCCCCACCCUAGUUCACCUCUGCUCCGCCUGCUCCCCUGAACGCGCCGCUGCUCCUCUUCUCUGCCCUCCCUCGCCUGAGAGGGCCUCCUUCUGGCUCGGUCCACUCUCGGCCGGCAAUGAAGCCAAUGAAGUAUCCACAGGGGACUUCACAGUGGAGGUGGGAUCACCCCCGAGUAUUGCGUCCAGCUCUUUGUAGAACCGGCUGCCUGUGUGCACAGCAUCGGAGCGGCGGUUUGCCUCCCGUGCCUUGUGGUAGGCGUUCCGCAGCUCCUUCACUUUGACCCUGCACUGCAAUGUGUCCUGGUCAUCGCCCUUUUCUAUCAUGCAUCUAGAAAUCUGUAACUGCCCUGUUUUGAGCAAUUUGUCCUGAAUUGGCACUCUCAAUUGCGUCCCGCCAGAACCACAUCGUUACAAUAGGUAUCAUAAUUCCGACGACUGGAGCGCAGCUGGGACUGCACAGCCUCCUCUCCCCAAAUACCGAUGAGGUCCAGCAGCUUGGCAUUGCUCCAAGUGGGGGAUCACCUGGUGCGUGGAGCAGACAUGGCCACUUGGAAAGAUGUGCUGAGACCACUGCACGCAUCACCGAACAAACAGGAAGGGGACUUUCAAAUUUGCAAAGGAAUGUAUGGGGUGGGGCUGACAGUUGGUCACCUGAGGGCAGGGCAGUAGAGUUCAAACCGAUGGCCAGAGAGGUGAGAACAGGAAUUGUGGGACACUUCCCGGAGGCCAAUCACAGCGCUGUAAUCACCCCGGUCUCUACACUGGCACCGCAGAAAGCUCUCCGCCUCUCGUCCAGGUGGUUUUUUUUAGAGUGCUGCAUUUGCGCAGUUUUUGCACACUCGGUGGCUUAGCAGUGUGUACACCUCGGGAGUUACAGCAUUCAAAGCUGCUUUACUGUGCACAAACUUGCCAGUGUAGAGACAAAGAUGGGUGCAGUUGUAUCUUUUAGUGGACCAACUUCUGUUGGUGAAAGAAACAAGCUUUCGAGCUAUACAGAGCUCUUCCCCAGGUCUGGGGCUAUGUCUACACAGAAGCCAGAGGACGAACUGGUUUAGGGUUACCAUUCGUCCGGAUUCCCCCGGACAUGUCCGGCUUUUUGAGCUAAAAAUAGCGUCUGGGGGGAAUUUGUAAAUGUCCGGACUUCCCCCCCAUGCAGAGCGCCCGGCUGACAGGGCAGCCGGCUGGAUGGUGCCACUUACAUGGGGCUCCGACAGCCAGAGAGAGCCCCUCCUCCGCCUCCCCUGCAGCAGAGAUCACUCCCCUCCCUGCAUUCGCAGAUCGCAUUCGGCAGUCUGGAGCUCCUCCCCCACUGCUGCCCAGCCUGCCCGGAGGAACGGCUCAGGCCUGAGCAAGCUCACUCCAAAAGCCUUGCCACAAGGUUUCUGGGCAGUGCAUCCUUAUUCCCUCCUCCAUGCAGCUGCAAAUUCCUCAAGCCUCCCUCCUCCAUCCCGAAGGUUAUCACAGAUAAGGCGUCGUAAGAAGAGAACGCGAGACGAGAUGUUUUCUGAAAUUAUGGAAUCCAGCCGCAGUGACAGAGCUCAUCUGAAUGAGUGGAAGGAAACAGUUUCAAAGUAUAGGAAAGAAGCCAGUGAACGUGAGGACAGGAGGGACCAACGUGAAGACAGGAGGGACGCUCGAGAUGAGAGGUGGCGGCAGGAAGACCAGAGGAGGCAGGAUGCAACGCUGGGGCUGCUGCGUGAGCAAACAGACAUGCUCCGGCGUCUGGUGGAGCUUCAGGAACGGCUGCUGGAAAACAGACUGCCGCUUCAGCCCCUGUUCCACCCUCCCCAUGUUCCGUAUCCUCCUCACCCAGACGUGUAAGAACGCGGGGGGGGGGGGGGGGGGGGGGGGGAGGCUCCGUACACCUUCCCAUUCCACCCCAGUAGACAGCCCAAGCAAAAGGCUGUCAUUUUUUUAACCUUUUCUUUGUGGCUUUUUCCUUCCCAGCAAUCCUCCUCCCAAAUACCA